AGGGCAGACAUGUCCAGGAUCAUCUUUAUAGGCAGCUUCUUUUUUGCGACUACAUUCCUUGUUGACCUAUUAUACAAAAACUAUUUCACGAAUACAACAACAACAACAACAACAACUGUCAAAGUCCUGUCAAGGGAAAAAAGUUUUCGCUCUCUCAUUAGUACUACGGAGUGGCCGAAUGUCAUGUUGAUAAUUGCCUACUUCGAAUUUUCAGUUUCGCCGUUCUCGGCUGAUUUCUUGGCUUGGAAUACCCCAGCAAUUAAAAUGGGCAGGCAGUAUGGGAAACGAGGCUCAACUAGAACAACAACGUCAUGA